AUGUCCGAAAACCCGGCCCCUACGAAAGCGACUGACGUGGUUGUAGCCGAUCAGCCGACCAUCGACUCCGGCGUGACGAAGGAGGACGAAUCCAAGAAGGAACGCGGGCUUUUGCAAGUACCCUCAAGGUCAUCAUCCCAGAAGAACCAGCCAUCAUCAUCUACAGGCCUGAGCGGAGCCACUAUUGGAGAGGCCAGGAAUAGCAUCGGUGGGCGAUCUAAAGAUUCGCGAAGCAGUUUUCUUGGUCGUCAAAGAAACGGUAGCGCUUCAAGUAAGCGCACAGGUGGCGAGAGCGACCCUACCCAGACGCCCGGCAUGUCUCAACCAAGCUCGCCUGUGCAAAAGAAGAAGAAGAGCGGUGGUUUUCUAUCGUUCCUUGGAUGCUGCGGUGCCCCUGACUCUGGGCCUGGCGCUGAUGGAGAGAAUGAAAACGUCCAUAAGCUUGAUAAGCUCCCGCAACGGCCGGCCACCGCGACAAAGCCAAAGACGUCGACAUCGCAGGAGCAGCCCGCGACAAAGCAGGUGACCGAAAAGGAGCCCCAGACUACUGAGCAGGACAAGCCCCAGAAGCCCACUGCCUCUGAGGAUGCCGACGAGAUUACCCCAGCAGAGGGUGACGCCGCCGCGCAAGCCAAGGUCCCUCCCGUCACGGGCAACUCUUCUGCUCAGAAACAGGAGGAAGAAGUGAAGCAGGUUGGAAAUGGCCCCCAGAACGAUGUCGUGAUGCAAGACGCGUCUAGGGAAGAGCCACAGGUGACUGUUACAAGCGUGGAGGAGACGGAAACCACAACUCAGCAAUUACCGCCUCCACCUCCAGUACCUGAGACCAACGUUUCUACCCCCUCCGGCCCGGAGGAAUCUACCGCCCUGGCCGAAGAGCCCCAGAAAUGGCUUCUUCCUCCCAUCACACCCGAGCUGAAGGGGAGAAAAUGUCUGGUACUGGAUUUGGACGAGACUCUCGUGCACAGUUCAUUCAAGAUUUUGCACCAAGCUGAUUUUACGAUACCCGUUGAGAUUGAAGGAAACUACCACAAUGUCUAUGUUAUCAAGCGCCCAGGCGUGGACGAGUUUAUGAGGAGAGUCGGCGAGCUAUAUGAGGUUGUUGUUUUCACGGCGUCUGUCUCUAAGUACGGCGACCCUCUCCUUGACCAGCUGGAUAUCCACAAGGUCGUACACCACCGGCUUUUCAGAGAGAGUUGCUACAACCACCAAGGAAAUUACGUCAAGGAUCUCUCCCAGGUCGGACGAGAUCUCAAGGACACCAUUAUCAUCGAUAAUUCGCCCACAUCCUACAUCUUCCACCCACAACACGCUGUUCCUAUCAGCAGUUGGUUCUCAGACGCUCAUGACAACGAACUGCUCGACCUCAUCCCGGUUCUCGAGGAUCUUGCCGGUCCUACUGUUUCGGACGUCAGUCUGGUUCUCGAUGUCACUCUUUAA